GCCCGCCGGAGUUAGAAGCUACUAGUUGGGGAUCUCUUUUCCCUCUGGCACCCACGGAGGGGCAAGGAUACCAAACACCUGGCCCCCUCCGCGUUGGCUCUGAGAGCCACCGCCUCCCCGAGGGCACCUGCGCUCUCCGGGGCCUCUGUCGGGGACAGAGAUAGACAGAAUGCCCUGGGGACGCGGCAGGGACGGCGCCUCUCCCCCCGCCUCGCACUGGGCACUGACCAUUUUACACCCAGGGGCAGAGGUGGGGCAGGCACCCGUCUACUUUCCCCCCCGACGACGCGUCCCCCCCCCCGUGGAGAGCCACCCGCGCCAACACGGUGGCUUUUCUUUCUCUUUCCCGGCUCUGCGGCCCUCUUCCUGCGCCCCAGGCGCCGGCGACCUGACCGGCGACCCCCUGGGCUACGUGACGGGCGUGCUGGCGGUGCUGGUGCACGCCGCCUACCUGGUGCUCAUCCAGAAGGCCAGCGCAGACACCCAGCACGGGCCGCUCACCGCGCAGUACGCCAUCGCCAUCUCCGCCACCCCGCUGCUGGUCGUCCUGUCCUUCGCCAGCACCGACGCGAUCCAAGUCUGGGCCUUCCCCGGCUGGAAGGACCCCACGAUGGUCUGCAUCUUCGUGGCCUGCGUCCUGAUCGGCUGCGCCAUGAACUUCACCACGCUGCACUGCACCUACAUCAACUCGGCUGUGACCACCAGCUUCGUGGGCGUGGUGAAGAGCAUCGCCACCAUCACGGUGGGCAUGGUGGCCUUCAGCGACGUGGCGCCCACCUCUCUCUUCAUUGCCGGGGUCGUGGUGAACACCCUGGGUUCCAUCAUUUACUGUGUGGCCAAAUUCUUGGAGACCAGAAAGCAAAGCAACUACGAGGACCUGGAGACGCAGCCGCAGGGGGAGGCGGCGCAGCCAGGUGGAGACCAGCUGCCUUUUGUCAUAGAGGAGCUGCCGGAGGAGGUAGCUGGCGGGGCAGAAGGUGGAAAGGUAGCAGGUGGCUCGGCUCAGCAAAGGGGGCAAGGGGUGAGGGGCAGCCCCAGAGGAGUCCCCCUGGCGGCUAGUGCCUGGCAGAUGGCAGACAGCGCUGAAGACGCCAGCAGGAGGUCACUGAAGGAUGCUUACCUGGUAGUGUGGAGGUUAGUCAGGGGAACCAAGUAUGUGAAGAAGGAUUAUUUGAUAGAAAAUGAGGAGUCACCCAGUCCUUGAAAAGGAAACGCAUGUAUGUAAAUGUGUACAUAGAUACUUAUUUUAUAUGUUAGAGACAACAUAUUUUAAUGUGGGGCUGCCCAGUUUUAUUCUUUGAGGAGUGGGGCAGGGAAGCAAAGAAAGAAUCUGAACCAGACUGGCAGCAACCAAAUUAGCACUGGUGUGAAUUAUUUAGCGUCAGUUCACCUGAGGCAUAACAAAGACAAAAGAAUAUGAAGGUGCUUAACAAAAUAAAACAGUGGGUUCAGCUGCAGACUCUCAGCACAUUUUUUUUGACAUUAUAACCACAACCAAAUAUCUGCAUGUACUGAGUCCCUCAACCACCCUCAAAGAUGGAGUGGAGAAAUGAUGGCAGCAGGUAAUGAGCUCAAAGAUUACAUCCAAGGGCACAUUUUUGAUGCUAGAACUACAGUUUUUUAUGGCCAGCUGGGCAAAGAGUAUAUUAUUGAAAAGAUAUAUAAAUACACUGAAUUGAUGUUUACUGUUUAUAGUCAUCUGAAAUAUCAUGUUAAUUCUAAUUUUCUUCACUUGUUUUUAAACAAUAAGUGUUCUACUAUUCUAUUAUAUAUUGGUAAGAAAUGUCAAAGCUAUUUUGAAAAUAUGAGUUCUUAGCUUUAAUCAUCAAGUUUAAUGUUGGCUUUUAGUAAUUACUAUAAAAAUAUUUUAAAAGUUGUUUUGGUUCACUGCUUUGUAAUAUUUAUUAUUGAAUGCCAUGACCUUUUUAAAUACCAGUUUUACUGUGUCCAAUAUUCUUUGAAGCAAAUGCAAUGGCUGAAAUAGAAUUCAGCAUUAAGAAGCCCAAACAGAAGUAAAACCUUCCUAUUAAGCUAGUCCUUGCAAAUCGCAUUGCACAUUCCAAACCUUGUUACAGAAAGAGCAACUGCUAUAUUCACUUGAUAUUUUUCUAUCUUACAUUUGUCGAAAUAAAGUCUGAGUCUAUCUGCUAAAA